AUGUCGAUAUGUUUUAUCUUUGUCUGUCCGUCUGUCUGUCUGCCUGUCUAUCUAUAUAUCUGUCUCAAUCUGUUCAUAUCUAUCUAUCUAUCUAUCUAUCUAUCUAUCUAUCUAUCUAUCUAUCUAUCUAUCUAUCUUAAUCUGCUCAUAUCUAUCUAUCUAUCUAUCUAUCUAUCUAUCUAUCUAUCUAUCUAUCUAUCUAUGUAUGUAUGUAUGUAUCUAUCUAUCUCUUCUGAUAUCUAUCUAUCUAUCUAUCUAUCUAUCUAUCAAUGUCUGUCUGCUAAUAUCUAUCUAUCUAUCUAUCUAUCUAUCUAUAUAUAUAUAUAUAUAUAUAUAUAUAUCUUAAUCUGCUCAUAUCUAUUCAUCUGUCUUCUGCUAUUUAUGUAUGUAUGUAUGUAUCUAUGUAUCUAUCUAUCUAUCUAUCUAUCUAUCAAUCUUAGUCUGUUCAAAAUCUAUCUAUAUAUCUAUCUCAGUCUACAAAUAUUGUGCUUAUCUAUCUAUCUAUCUAUCUAUCUAUCUAUCUAUCUAUCUAUUUCUAUUUCAGUAUCUAUCUUAUUUUGUUCGUAUCUUAUUCUGUUCGUAUCUUAUUCUGUUCGUAUCUGUCUCAUUUUGUUCAUAUCUAUCUAUCUAUCUAUCUAUCUAUCUAUCUAUCUAUCUAUCUAUCUAUCUAUCUUAUUUUGUUCGUAUCUAUCUUAUUCUGUUCGUAUCUAUCUAUUUCAUUCUGUUCAUAUCUAUCUAUCUAUCUAA